AAGCGGCAAAAACCCAUCCAAAACCUCCCGCUCCGCCGCUCGCCAUGACCGCCGCGGCCCUCCUCCGCCCUCCUCCGCCGCUCGCCGCCGCCAAACUCCCCUCCCUCGCCGUCCCCACCUCCGUCGCAACCGCGGCCUCUCCGUUCCUCUCCCUCCGGAGCCUCGCCCCGCCCCUCAUUCACAGGAAGCGCGCAAGGCGGAGCCCCUUCCUCGUGCGCGUCGACGACGGCGACGGCGACGGCGGUGGCCCCGACGACUACGACAUGGACGAGGACGAGGUCGAGGAGGUCGACAACAAGAAGGAUUUCGAGGUCGAGUACGACCCCCUCACCAUGGCCGCCUCCCUCGCCGCCGCUUCCGGCUCCGCCGACGGCGACGACGACAUUGCCAUGGUCCACAGCAAGAGCUUCGUCUCCAUCCAGGGUUGGGGCUCCGAGAUGGUCGUCGAUUACAGGAUCAACGAGAACGAGUUCCACAAGAUCAGCUUGCUCGACUGUGAUUUCUUCAUCCGCAAGCCUCCCGAUCCAGAUAACGAUGUCUAUGAUUUCAGAGAGAUGUACGUAACUCCUCCAGACACUGAUGUUUAUGCGAUUCCUAAAGUGCUCGCGCCGAUGCCUCAAAAGUACAUUCGAUGUGCAAUGAGCGAUUAUGGAUGCUACAAUGUCACCGAGCCACCCAUCGAUGCAUACCGAGAUCCUAUGUAUAAGUCUGAGAGGGAGAUCACUAAGGUUUUCCUUACAAAGCACUACAGGAAUCGGAGGCUGGGUGACCCAGAAUUUGUUCUUGACUUUGAGGAGAUAUACGUGAUUGAUUCGAAAACAAAAUCGAUAAGCAGGGCAAAAGUGAUUGUCACGGUUCCAGGAGGAAGAGAUAGGGAUAGGAAGGAUGACUUGCUUGUGAUACGUGAUAAUGGGACCUCCUUCAAGAUAACUCAUGCUAGUGAGAAAGAUGAUCCCACCACGGUCAUAGAGAGGGAAGAGUGGGUCAAGACAAGACAAGACAUGGAGAGACAUCUGAGGAAGCUCAGAGACUUCAGCGUUUCAAAUUGGUUCUAGAUUCACAUAAUCUGGAGAGCGCUCAUUGUAAAUUAGGUAGUCGGAUGGCGAAUUUUUGUAUUUCAACCAUGCCAUGGGAUGAUGACUUGAAUCACAUGGGAGGUUCCUCAGUAUGGUAAUUUCAAUUAUUUGUUCCGCAAUUGUAUUGUGACUAUGGGGAUGCCCUCUGUGUUCAAAUGAUAUCUAUCCUGUCAUGUUUGAAGUGUUUGUCUAUAUGAUAAUAGCUUGGCUGGUAUGGUGUUA